AUAGAUCACCCAAGCUCGUCUCCCUUGCAGCUUGGUCAAUCAUUGUUCUUCAACCUCGCCUCUACUACUUUGAUCCGCCCUUUCGUUGCGGCGUUCAAACACAUUUCUUUCCUACGCGCGGUGCAUACUCAACUUGCGCGCUACACAACAUUCGACGCGACGUUUGACCAACUUCGAGAAAACAAGCUCAACUUUCACCAUGUCUCACGAGGAGGAUCUCAUCGACUACUCCGACGAGGAGGUCGGCGGCAACGAGCCCGCGGUCGCCUCCAACGGCAAGAAGAACGCUGAGCCUGCGGCAGCGACCAAUGUCGACAAGAAGGGCAGCUACGUUGGCAUCCACUCGACCGGUUUCCGCGACUUCAUGCUUCACCCACCGCUGGUUCGCGCCAUCGGUGAUUGCGGUUUCGAGCAUCCUUCGGAGGUCCAACAAAAGUGCAUUCCCCAAGCCAUGCUGGGUGGCGACAUCAUCUGCCAGGCCAAGUCUGGUCUGGGUAAGACUGCUGUCUUUGUUCUGGCGACUCUUCAGCAGAUCGAGCCUGUCGACGGCGAGGUUUCCGUUGUCGUCAUGUGCCACACCCGUGAGCUGGCAUACCAGAUUCGUGAUGAGUACAAUCGCUUCAGCAAGUACCUUCCCAACAUCAGGACUGGCGUCUUCUACGGUGGAACACCCAUCAAGACCGACCAGGAGGUCAUCAAGAACAAGGAUACUUGCCCACACAUCAUCGUCGGAACCCCUGGCCGCCUGAAGGCCCUUGUGCGCGACAAGAUUCUGCGUCUCGGCAGUGUGCGCAUGUUCGUUCUGGACGAGUGCGACAAGAUGCUUGACCAGCCAGAUAUGCGCGGCGACGUCCAGGAUGUCUUCCGUGCCACUCCUCCUCAGAAGCAGGUGAUGAUGUUCUCGGCCACUCUGUCCGAGGAGAUCAAGCCCAUUUGCCGCAAGUUCAUGCAGAACCCCACGGAGCACUACGUGGACGAGGACACCAAGCUCACGCUGCACGGUCUUCAACAAUACUACAUCAAGCUCGAGGAGAAGGAGAAGAACAGGAAGCUCAACGACCUUUUGGACGAGCUCUCCUUCAACCAGGCCAUUGUCUUCGUGAAGAGCACGUCCCGUGCCACCGAGUUGAACAAGUUGUUGGUGGAGUGCAACUUCCCUUCCACUUGUGUCCACUCCGGUAUUUCUCAAGAGGAGCGUAUUCGCCGCUACAAGGAGUUCAAGGACUUCAAGAAGCGUAUCUGCGUCGCCACCGAUGUCUUUGGUCGUGGUAUCGACAUUGAGCGCAUCAACUUGGCUAUCAACUACGAUUUGUCGAAUGAUGCGAGCUCGUAUCUGCACCGUGUCGGUCGCGCUGGCCGUUUCGGAACCAAGGGUCUCGCUGUCUCCUUUGUCAGCACCGAGCAGGACCAGGAAGUCCUCAAGGAGAUCGAGAAGCGUUUCGAGGUCGCUCUUCCUGAGUUUCCCAAGGAGGGCGUUGCCCCUGAGACGUACAUGGCUACCUAAGGAAUCCGCGUACUCGUCUCGCGCAGGACGUCAGCCUGAGGGGUUCUUAGGCGUCCCAGGAGAAAUGGCAGGGUUCCAUGGGGCUGGGAAUGAAAUUAUGCGCUCUGGGUUCCCGUGUAGUUCAAUUUGAUUUACUCGGUAAAAUGCAAUUAUUACAACGUUGUCUGCCAAA